ACUGGGUUUCCCCCCCGAGGCUGCGUUGGUGCCGUCCGUCCCGGUCACGUGGGCGGCAAGAUGGCGGCCCCCGGAGAGCUGUGUGAGCGUCGCGGUCGGUGAAGCGGUGGUGGCAGCUACGGGCUGGGUUGGUCCCGUAGGUCCUGCGAUCCGGGAGCUUGCUGCGGUGUUCUGGCGGCAGGGAGCAUCAGGUUCUGGCAGAAUCAACCUGUGAGGGAUCCAAUACUCGGAGAUCCACAUAAACACGUCUAGGGACAUCCAGUUACUGAGAGUCUCUUGCAAGGAGCUUUGGGGAGCCGGUCGUCGCUGGGGGAGCCUGCAGGCAGCCCUGAGACACACCUUAGCAGGGGUGAGCGAAGCCUCAGAUUCUGCCUUGGUCGGGAGCUGAUCCCCUCUACCCCGCGUCCACAGUUUUUUCCUCUUUCCUACUGAAAAAUGGGUCAAAGGUGUGAGUAGCGGGCUUCCAGGUGGCUAUGCGUACCUCCCUCGUCCUCCUGAGCACAGAGAUUAAGCUGGUUUAUACUGUGUAUAAAGUCCUUUGCACCAUACCUGGCAAGCAGUGGAUGGUCAGUUCAUUCUACAGCAUUUAUUAAGUGCCUGCUGCAAUACACAGGACAUCACUUGCUGUCAGGAGCUAUGAAGAACAGUAAAGUAGCCUGGAAAGCAGGGUGGUCAGAAAAGGCCUCCCCAAGAAGGCCCGGGAUCUGGCCUGGUCUAGCCUGGUGGCUGUGGUUCUAAUCUCUCGUGAGGCUGCAGUGCAGACACUGGCUGGGCUGCAUCAUCUGAAGGCUGGACUGGAGCUGGAGGGGCUGCUCCCAACGUACUCUCACGUGGCUGCUGGCAGGAGGCCUCAGUUCCUCAGCAGGUCCUGGGAGUCCCCUGGUUUAGCCUGAGCCUGGCGGUGGCAGGAGAAAGGUGGCAACGGCACCAUGGUGACAGAGCAGGAGGUGGAGGCGGUCGGGCGCACGCUCGUGGACCCCCAGCAGCCCCUGCAGGCCCGCUUCCGGGCGCUCUUCACACUGCGUGGGCUCGGCGGUCCUGAAGCCAUUGCCUGGAUCAGCCGGACCUUCGGCGACGACUCGGCCCUGCUCAAGCACGAGCUAGCCUACUGCCUGGGCCAGAUGCAGGACUCGCGCGCCAUCCCCGUGCUGGUGGACGUGCUGCGGGACACCCGCCAGGAGCCCAUGGUGCGCCACGAGGCAGGGGAGGCCCUGGGGGCCAUCGGGAACCUGGAGGUUCUGGAGCUUCUGAAGCAGUACUCCACCGACCCUGUCAUCGAGGUGGCUGAGACGUGCCAGCUGGCCGUUCGGCGGCUGGAGUGGCUGCAGCAGCACAGCGGGGAGCCAGUGGCGCAGGGGCCCUACCUCUCUGUGGACCCAGCUCCGCCCGCCGAGGAGCGCGAUGUGGGGCGGCUGCGGGAGGCGCUGCUGGACGAGGCCCGGCCGCUCUUCGACCGAUACCGCGCUAUGUUCGCCCUGCGGGACGCCGGGGGUGAGGAGGCUGCCCUGGCGCUGGCCGAGGGCCUGCGCUGCGGCAGCGCCCUCUUCCGCCACGAGAUCGGCUACGUCCUGGGCCAACUGCAGCACGAGGCGGCCGUGCCUCAGCUGGCGGCGGCCCUGGCCCGCACGGCCGAGAGCCCGAUGGUGCGGCACGAGUGCGCCGAGGCCCUGGGAGCCAUCGCGCGGCCCGCCUGCCUGGCUGCCCUGCGGGCGCACGCGGCCGACCCUGAGCGCGUGGUGCGGGAGAGCUGCGAGGUGGCCCUGGACAUGUACGAGUACGAGACCGGCCCGGCCUUCCAGUACGCGGACGGGCUGGAGCAGCUGCGCCCGGCCCGACCCUAGAGCCGCGCCCGCGAACCGCGCUGAUUCCGCCGCCUCCGGCCGCUUUUGCGCCUUGACCCCCUAGUGGAUUGCAGGCUCCCCGGGGCCAGGCUGAGGUCUCUUCUGUCUCCUACUGAGCACAGGGCUGCAGUGUCCGCGUGGGAGGGAGGACCUGACGGGGUGCAGGGACAGGGCUGUGCUCUGACGGGGGGUGGAGUGCGGUGGCUCAGCACUCCUCAGGAAUGAGGGGGUGCCAGGAAAGGCGCUGUGGGGAAACCCACCGUCUUUGGGUCUGGGCAGAGUCUAGGGGUGGGAGAGCUGUCAUGGGUGGGGAGGUGGUCCCUGGUGCGGGUGGCUGGGCUGGGCUGGAGCUCAGGGCUUGGGGGUGGGGGUGUUGGCAAGCAGGUCCCAGGACACCCCCAAAUGGACUAUUAAAUUAUUUUUGACAA